AUGGCCCCCGAACUACCGGGCUACUACUUUGAUAACACGAAGAAAAAGUACUUCAAAAUCGAACCCUCUCACUCUGCAACCCCGUCCUCUGCUGCCGCUCCUUGGACCGCCGAUGCCAUUAAGCGCCGUCGUGCCGCAUCCUCGGCCGCGGCUUCGAUAGCCCGUCGCACGCGUCUUCUGCAGCUGCACGUGCGUCGGCACGCGGGGCUGGAGACGGACAUGGUGGCGCGGGGACGGCUGCGGCAGGAGCUGGGCGUCACGACGACGAUGACGGAGGAGCAGGAUGAUGUGAGGGCGGCAGCGUGGGCGCAGGGGUCGGUGGACAAGGGAAGCGUGUCGCUGGUGCCGAGUUUUGCGAGGGCGCGGUACGCAAACAUGGCGUGCAUGUACGUGGGAGGGGACGACACCAAGACGGGUCUCGGCGUGGUGUAUGCGACGCUGGAUGAGGAGACGCUGGUGGGGAGUUACAUCCCGACCGACGACAAUGACACGAUCUCGUUUUCGGACCUCGCGCCAGAGAGCUCCGGGCGACGAAGAGGAUUGCGCGCGGAAAUGGUCAGAUGCCCGCAAAUGUCGUCGAUUCGGUACCAUGCGCCCUCACACAAGAUACUGCUGACGUCGCGCGAACCCGACCACUCCUGCGGGUUAUACUUUUUCUCCCCUCUCCUCUCCAACGAAAACGACCAUCGAUUUCCGCAGUGGCUCCUCGGUGAGACCAGUCACUAUCAGAGACUCUACAUCCGGCACCAACGCCUUCGUGACUCAUGGAUCGUUCACCAGUCCACCCCCGCGCCCGCUUCCUCGCCGCUGCUCUGCGUCGUCGGCACAAACGCCGGCAUCCUCAGCGUCUCUUCCGACGAGACCAUGUCCUGGCUCGCCCCGUCAUCAUCAUCAUCAUCAUCAUCCUCCUCCGGCACACCACAGCAUCACGCCGGGCCGCAAGAAAUAUUCGCCCAAGAUUUUCAGCAAGGCAACCACAACGUGCUCCUCGCUGGCGGGCGGAAGCCCACGCUCUGGAUGACGGACCUGCGAGAUAACGACCCGCGGCGCUGGCACGCGACUCCGCACGACAGCACUGUCACCCAUCUCCGGAGCGUCUCAGAGCAUCAGGUUCUCGUGGCGGGCCUGCGCAGCAGCAUGUCCACCUACGACCUGCGCUUCCUGGGGCGGCCGACACCACCUGGGCAAGCGACUAGCAGAAACAGCAGCACGCCCGUGUUGCGGUUCACUGGGUACGAGAAUGAAGCCCAUGUACACACCGGAUGGGACGUCUGCGCGGAAAUGGGCCUCGUGGCGGCGGCGCAGGACGACGGCACCGUGGCGCUGUUUUCGCUGCGAAGCGGCAAAAGGGUCAGGCCAGGAGGAGGAGGCAGUACCGGAAUCGGGAGUUUGAGGACGGAGACGCCGAUCAAGGCGCUCAUGUGGCAGCGCAUGCCGCGGGAGAGGCUGCCGAGCCUGUGGGUGGGCGAGGGCCCGCUGGUGAGAAAGUUUUCGCUGGGCGUGGGAGAGGUGGGUGAUGAGGGGUGA